CUGCAGAGAGGAUCAGUUAUGAGUUAAACACCCAGCUGAUUAUCAAACAAACAGCAGCAGGUCUGAGCCAGAGGACGAUGGAGAGUGGAGUGAUCUGUGCGAUCUUUGUCUGUGGUGUCUGUUUAUCGCAGCAUGUUCCUGCCCUGCCAGCCUCCACUCUUCAUGUGAGAGUCGGGGAGAACAUCACCCUGCACUGCCCCCUUCUGAACACCACUAAUACCACCGCUACCACUGCUGCCCCACCCGACCUCUCCCUGCAUGGCCUCGCCCCGUCUACAAUCAGCUGGUACAGGAAACCAGAGGGGCAGGGCCCUCAGCUGCUGCUGAGCUUCAGGUCCACAAACAGAUCUGAAGUGACCUAUGGCACCGGGAUUUGCUCAGAUAAAAUCUCAGCAGCAGCCAACGGGUCUCUGAGGCUGCACGGCUCCCAGAGUAAUGACACUGGGGUUUAUUUCUGUGGGGUCAGUCAGGGACUGGGGAGGAAGGAAGGACGCACAAAGAACUGA